AUGGUUUCUACACAAUCCGAUGCUGUACAAGCGAAACUCGCUAAAACUUUACAAAGAUUCGAGAGUAAAAUUAAAGCCGGAGAUUAUUAUGAAGCUCACCAAACGUUGAGAACUAUUGCUAACAGAUAUGUCAGAGGUAAAUCAUACGAACAUGCCAUAGAACUGAUCAGUCAAGGUGCCCUGUCUUUCUUGAAGGCAAAACAAGGCGGCUCAGGGACGGACUUGAUCUUUUAUCUUCUAGAAGUUUACGAUUUAGCGGAGGUUAGAGUUGAUGACGUCUCUGUUGCCAGAUUGGUUAGGUUAAUAGCCGAGCUAGAUCCUAGCGAGCCCAAUUUGAAGGAUGUUAUUACUGGCAUGAAUAAUUGGUCUAUCAAAUUUAGUGAGUAUAAAUUCGGAGAUCCAUACCUGCACAAUACUAUUGGCACGAAACUUUUAGAAGGUGGUUUCGUUUACGAAGCUGAAAGAUAUUUCAUGUUGGGCACACAUGAUUCAAUGACCAAAUAUGUUGAUUUACUAUGGAACUGGUUAUGCCAGGUAGACGAAGUCGAAGAUAGUACAGUGGCAGAGUUUUUUAGUAGAUUGAUUUUCAACUAUUUAUUCAUCUGCAAUAUAUCAUUUGCACAUGAAUCCAAGAAUAUUUUCUUGGAGAGGUUUAUUGAUAAAUUUCACCCAAAGUACGAGGAGAUUGAUAAAAACGGUUAUAAAAUAUUUUUCUUUGAAGAUUAUUCCGAUUUGAAUUUUUUGCAAUUGUUAUUGAUUACAUGUCAAACAAAGGAUAAAAGUUAUUUCUUGAAUUUGAAGAACCAUUAUUUAGACUUCUCUCAAACUUACAAAAGUGAAUUAGAAUUUCUGGGCCAAGAAUAUUUCGGCAUUGUUGCUCCUAAGCAAUCUAAUUUCUUACAGGACAUGAUGUCGGGAUUCCUAGGCGGAUCGAAAUGA